AUGGGGGAGAUCGGUACGAAUCUGCUCCUGCAGAGGAUAGCUGAACAAGCCCGCGAACAGAGCAUGAUACGCGACGCAGCACUGGAGAACAAAUUUCGAAAGCUGCCCAAUCCAACGUCGCCCAGAAACGACAAACGGGUGCACAACCUGUCAUCAAAGGAGCUGACGAAGGAUCAGAUGCAGGUUUUACGGCACGAAGCUUCAUUUAACACGUCUGACGCCAAACCUGUUUACGUGAUUGCAGCAGUGGAAUCAAUCCUUUGUCAGACGGAGGCAACGGAGGAGACUAAGAACCUCAUCCGCCACCAAGUGUCGUCUCUCCUGAUGGCCCACAGGCCGCGGGAUGUGCUUUCCAAGGUCGAACGUAAUGCGCUUAGAGAACUCAAGGCCGACAAAGACCUGGUCAUCGUGCCAGCGGACGAAGGACGCGCCGCAGUUGUACUGGACAGGACAGACUACCUUCAAAAAGCCAAAGGUUUACUGGAGGACCGACAGUUCUAUGUCCCAUGUGGAACGAACCCUUUAAAGGCGCUGACACGCGAAAUUAAUGCUACGUUGUUGGCCUUGGAGAACUCAGGUGCAAUAACACCAACCGACAGACGCAUGGCGAGACCCUAAGAUACGGCUUUGGCCCGAUUCUAUGGCCUCCCUAAGGUGCACAAAGACGGCGCUCCUCUCCGACCCAUCGUGUCGCUCAAAGGGACUCCAACGUACGGACUGGCUAAGUGGCCGUUCCGGCGUCUCAAGUUCCUGACCGCUGAGUCAGACACCACGGUCUCUUCGUCAGCGCAAUUCCUGGAGAAACUCAAAGGGGUAAGCCUCCAUCCAAAUGAGGUCAUGGUAUCUUUUGAUGUUACAUCCCUUUUUACUUCUAUUCCCCAGGACCUGGCGAUCGAGACAAUCGAGCUGCUACAACAAAACAAAUAUGAUGAAACGGAGAACCGCCUUGGACACGCCCAAAUCCUUCAGCUCCUGAAGCUCUGUCUCAGGACGUACUUCACGUUCAACGGGACAAUCUACGAACAGGUGAAAGACUCACCAAUGGGUUCGCCGAUUUCGGGAUUCAUCGCCGAGGCGGUCCUGCAACGGUUAGAGUCACUGGUCUUCCAACACCACAGACCGAAGUUCUGGGCCCGGUAUGUGGAUGAUACCUUCGUCGUUAUCGACCGCGAUCAACUGCUGACAUUCAAGGAACGUCUGAAUGCGGUCAUCCCGGACAUACAAUUUACGAUGGAGGAUGAAGAGAACAACCAGCUGGCCUUCCUGGAUGUCCUCGGAUGCCGCAAGGAUUGUGGUGGACUAAAGACCAAAGUGUUCAGGAAAGUGACAAAUACGAUGCAAGUACUGAACUUCAACAGCAACCACCCAAUCAGCCACAAACGCAAUCGUGUAAGGACGCUCUAUCGGCGUGUCGAAACGCACUGCAGUGAGCCGGAAGACAAGAUUGCCCAACUACAAUACCCCCGACGGGUCUUCAAAGCCAAUGGCUACCCGCGCAACUUCGUCGACCGGUGCAUACGCAAAAAGGGACGAAAGGCCUAA